CUUUCUUUUUCUUCACCAAAGGUCCAAAACACUCAAAAAAAUAAAAAAAUAACCCAGAGCUCAAAGCUCAAGAAAAUCAAGAAAAUGGGUACAAGAUCAAAUUUUUACAAGAACCCAUCUUAUGCAUACAACAAAGAUCUUAAUCUCAACUCUGCCCUUCAAAAUCUGCAAGCUUAUAAUCUUGCUACUGGUAAUCUUCCUCCUCCAACCACUCAAGAAUUUGCCGAAAUUCCCGGCGAAAAUUUCGUCGCCGGCCGGAGAAAACGCCGCCGUGAACAUUGGAAGCCGCCGGAGCAAAAUACCCAUUUGCAGGAUUAUGAUGAUCAGCCCAUGUCUCACCAGGAUUACAUUAAAAAGAGAAGGAGGGAACUUAAAUUUUGUCAAGUACUUGAGGAAUUACCAGCAAGUGUGUUGUGUUGUGGUGAUGAUGAUGGCUUGAUUGUGAUACAGGGAACUUCGAAUACGGGUGUGCCUUUAGUUGAGUAUGAAAGUGAUGGAACUACUUCCUCAGGACAUGAGGAUAAUGAAAUUAGCGCUUCAAGUUUGGUCAAAAAUCCUUGCGAGGAAAAGCAGAACCAACCUGACUCUGCUGAUAGAGUGAAAAAUAGAAGUGAGCAGCGUUUUCCUGUUCCAGGAGAGCCUGCUUGUAUUCUAUGUGGAAAGUAUGGAGAAUAUAUCUGCGACGAGACCAAUGAUGACGUCUGCAGCAUAGAUUGCAAGGCUGAGCUUUUAGAGAACAUAAAACGUGAAAAGGUGCUCUCAAGAAACCUUACUGCAGAAAAAUCUUCACCUGGGCUUAACUGUCCAACCAAAUUAUAUGAAUUUGGAGGGGAUACCUGGAAUCAUAAAAACCACAGAUGGUCUGCAAAGAAAUCAAGCCUAUGCACUUAUAGAUGUUGGAAAUGUCAGCGGCCUGGACAUCUAGCUGAUGACUGUUUGGCUGUCGCGUCUAUUUUCCAAGCAGCUUCUUCAGGUGAAACAUGUUCGCAGCCACAGGUGACAUUGUUUCAGAAGAAGUCAGGUUUCAUACCCAGAGAUCUGUCCGAAUUGUACAAAAGAUGUCACCAGUACAGCAGAAAUGAGGAUGCUGCAAGGUGCAAUUCAUGCAAUAAUUCGUCAGAUUUGGCUACAUGUCUCGAGUGUAAUAUUACCUGUUGCGAUAGUGUAGGUCAUUUGAGUGAGCACAUCAAGAUGCAUCCCUCCCAUAAACAAUAUUACUCCCAUAAGCUGAAACAUCUGGUGAAGUGCUGUAAAUCAAAUUGUAAGGUUACUGAUAUCAAAGAUCUUCUAGCUUGUCAUUACUGCUUUAAUAAAGCAUUUGACAAGUUCUACGAUAUGUAUACUGCAACCUGGAAAGCUGCUGGUCUUUCUAUAAUACGUGGGUCAAUAUGUUGCGAGGAUCACUUUGAGUGGCACAGAAUCAAUUGUCUGAAUGCAGAUGUAGAGGGCAGUGCAUACAUUUACAAAAAGGAUGUCCAUAGCAGCAAACGGAGUCCACUGAGUGACUUCAUCUUCUAAACAACUCAAACAGUCAAGACGAUAGUUUGCAGAAAUCAUACAUUAAUCUUUUUUUACAGAUUAUACAUUACUGUAUAAAAAGAUAUUUGAUUUUAUCAAAUUUGAAUUGUAAAUUACAAAUCUAGUGAUUUUAUGUAAUUUUCUCAGACAGAUUAUAAUGUAGGUCAUUGGCAUGUUAAAUAUGUAGAUAUCUCUUUUUUCCCUUCUUAAUAAUAGAAAAUGGAACUUAUACAUGAA